UUUUUUUUGCUGUGUAUAUGUAUUUACUUCUCAAAAAUGAAAAACAGAUUUUCAUUUUAAUGAAAACUGUGUUUUUUAUUAAAAUGUAUUUUAAAAAUCCUCUUCACUAUAAUAAAAGUAUAUGCUCAAGCAAGCCUGGGGCAGGGGGCAGAGCAGAGAUAAUAAUCUUUUUUUUUUUCCUUUUUAAUUAAAAAAAUUUUUUUUUAAAUUUUAAUGUGGUAAAAAGCAACAUAAAAUUUAUUGUCUUAACAUUUUUAAUGGUACAUCUCAGUAGUGUUAACUAUCUUUACAUUGUUAUGCAGCAGAUCUCUAGAAGUUUUUCAUCUUGCAAAACUGAAACUCUGUACCCAUUGAACAACAACUCCUGGUGAUAAUCUUUUUUGAUAGAUGAGGAAACUGAAGUGCAAACAGGGCAAGAAACUUAUUUCCCUCAAAGUGAGCUCUUCCCGCACUUAUGCCAUCUGUCUGUUGUCUGCUUAUAAAACUGUCUGAGGCCCCUUCCUCCUGCAACCACUGCCUUAGCCAUUCCCACCCCCAAAUGCCUCUCACAUCCUCUAUCUGUCCCCACCCCCACCUUGUCACCCCCUCUGCCCCAGCUCAGGACUCAGCACCUUGAACCCACACUAUUUCACUUAUCACUGGGUGCCUCCAUCCCUGCCCUCUUUACUCCACACUCCACACAGAAGCCAGAGUGUCCUUUCCAAGCACAGAUCUGAUUAUUUUACCCCCUUUUAAAAUAUCAUUCCAUGGUUUUUCUCCACCUACAGGAUAAAGUUCCGACUCUGCAGCCUGGCACUCAAGGCCCUCUAUGAUUUGGUUUGGGCCAAUGUCUCCAUCCCACAUCCUAUCUUAUCCUUUCACGCAUCUUACACUCUUUAUGCUACUUUCCAUUCUUCAAAGUGUGCUUUCUAGUCCAUCUGUUUGCUUCCCUUGCCUUCUCUACUUCCAAAAAAUCCUUCAAGGUCCAACUCAAAUUCUUCCAUCACUGUGAACACUCUCUGAGCACUGGUCAGAAUUCAUCCCUUCUUCCUUUAAGCCCCAGUAGCUCCUACAUUGUCUCCCACAUUAAGAGCUGGCUUUGUGCCCCUGAGUGUAGGGACUGGCCUCCUAGAGCUCCCAGAAUAAGGCUGCCCAGGAGUGGGCCUCCAUAAACGAUGACUGGCCAGGUGAUUCACUGAGCCAUUAAUUUCAUUGUGCUGCUCCUGCUUUCCAUUAGCCCGUAUGAGGAAAGAGGAAGGCACAGUUAUAUGCCAUGUACACAGUGAUGUUGUUUUCCCACUUGUUGCCUGACAAGUGGGAUAGUAGAUGAGAACCUAUGCCUCCUCGACCUUAACUCUUCCCCUUUUCCAUCCAGACAAGGUUGCCCGAGUACUAGAUGGCAGGGGGCCCCAAGGCCUUGCAUAAAUUGUGGGCCAGUCCUGGAUUGUUGCUGUAUUAUUUUGAUUCUUCCCCCCAAAUUCUGCAUUCAUAGAGUUCUUCAUGAAUAUUUAUCAUGGUCAUAACUAACUGUCAUCUUUUCCGGGGAAGAGACGUGAUGGUUAAUAGUCAAGUUAAACAGCUCUACCUAGAUAAAGGAGGGCUUUGGAACCAGUCAGUGAACACUGAGUGCCUGGCCUACAGAGAAAUCCAAAGUGGCCGUCUUUACUGGAGACCACUGAGGGAAGGAGAACUAGGGUAGUCCCCUAGACUUGGAGGAGAGACACAGCCUUUCUGACCAGGAGCAUGUGGCCUGCUGAUAACCCUUAUCAAUAGCAAGAGGACAGCCACAAAUUGCCUUAUAUAGCAUCCUCCGAUUCUUCCCCCACCUGAAUCCCUGUUGCUAUGGAGACCACCAAUGGGACUGAGACCUGGUAUGAGAGCCUGCACACUGUGUUGAAGGCUCUAAAUGCUACUCUUCACAGCAACUUGCUCUGCCGGCCAGGGUCAGACAACCUGACUGAGGAGAGGCGGGCCAGCCUACCUGGCCGCGAUGACAACUCCUACAUGUACAUUCUCUUCGUCAUGUUCCUAUUUGCUGCCACUGUGGGCAGCCUCAUCCUGGGAUACACCCGCUCCCGCCAAGUGGAUAAGCGCAGUGACCCCUAUCAUGUAUACAUCAAGAACCGUGUGUCUAUGCUCUAAUGCUAAGAGGCCGGGGAUGGCAGAAGAUCAAGAUUCCUGAGGAUUAUCUUGUGGGGCCUCCAGAGCUCAGCUAUGUGUUACAUCAGGCCUCAGUGUUCUAAUCUGUAAGAUCAACAAGAAACAGUACUAAGGGAGGUCAUCACUGGGGAAGGAGGAGAGGAUCUAGCAGACCUAGGCCUUGUGGAUAAGGAUUUUUUCCAGCAAAGAUAGACGUUAUAGACAGUAGGAGCCCUUUGAACAAAUAUAAAAAAGUGGCAGGAAUUCCCUGGUGGUCCAGUGGUUAGGACUCCGUGCUCUCACUGCCAAGGGCCUGGGUUCAAUCCCUGGUCGGGGUACUGAAAUCCCACAAGCCGUUCAGUGUGGCAAAAAAAAAAAAAAAAAAAUAUAUAUAUAUAUAUAUAUAUAUAUAUAUACACAAACACACACACACACACACACACACACACAUAUAUAUAUGUAUAUAUAUAUAAAAGUGGUAACAUAUAAUGACAAAUGAGUGUUCUAGUGGCCGGAGUGUUGGGGGCUAGGGGCUAGAGGAAGGAAAAGAGGAAGUUGUAGCAGAGGGAAAUGAGACAGGAAAAGGCCCUGAGGACACAUUUUUUGAUGUGUUAUCUUCAAUGACCAUGAGAAGCAGCAAUGAUUAUCUCAUAUCACAGACAGGAAAUCUAAGUUAUGUUACUUAUUUAUAUUUUUUCACAUUUUAUGUUUUUCAGCCCAUUUAACAUUUGUGAUUUUACCCCCUGUGAGGGAAGCAGAGCAAGUGCCAUUCUGCCCAUUUGGGCCAAAGCAGUGUCAUGACUGGAACCCAGGUUCUCUGGUCACCUUGCCUAGUGCUUUGCAAAACUGUGUGCUACCUAGGAGUGGAUCUAGGCCUGAAACUUAUAUAAUUCUGGGGGGCCCUCCUUAAGAAAAAGAAUUUUAAAAUAUCUUAUUUUUGCAAGUAUUACAAAAACAUAUCACCAUGUUAAUACAUUGUUGGGGCCCCUCCUAAGAUCUUAAGAAGGAGCCAUGCAAGUACAGAGCCCUGACUGUUAAGCCUCAUUAGCUCCAUGGUCCCCGUGCCCUUCCACCAAUGUCCCAGUGCCUUUCCCAGCCCCAUCUCCAGCCCUGGGGACUUCACUACCUCUAAGGCAGCCUCUAACAUUUUGAAUGAAUUCUGUGAGUAAUGUUCUGAUAUCAAGUUGAAAUCUGCUUCUAGAAGAUUAUUAUCACACCUAGAAGAUUACCAUAUUAAAAGAGGCAGGUACCUGAUUCAGUGGAAAGAGAACCAGCCCUGAUUCUACUACCAGUGUGGUAUAUAAACUGGCUAGACACUUCCCUCUCUGACUCUUGUCCUUCUUCAGCACCGUGAAAUAGAAAGUUGAAAUAGUUGAAAGUCUCUAAGGGCUCUACCAGAUCUGAUAUUCUAGGCUUCACGUACAUUGAUUUGAACCACAUAAAACUGCUGUGCUGGACUUCCCUGGUGGCGCAGUGGUUGAGAAUCUGCCUGCUAAUGCAGGCGACAUGGGUUCAAUCCCUGGUCCGGGAAGAUCCCACAUGCCGCGGAGCAACUGAGCCCGUGCGCCUAGAGCCCACAUGCUCUGCAACAAGGGAAGCCACUGCAAUGAGAAGCCCGCACACCGAAACAACGACCCAACACAGCCAAAAGUAAAAACAAAUUUAUUUUAAAAAAAAGUCAGGAAGUUCCAAUGAAUCCAAGAGCCACACACACACACACACACACACACACACACACAAAACUGCUGUGCUUGUAGGUCAAAAACAGCUGAAUAUCAGUAGUUUCACAUGCUUCAGCUGAAUACAUGAAAUGUGGCCAGCUACAAAUCCCAGGCUGGAACCUCCCACUGUUCUGUUUAAUUUCUGUUAUUAAGGAAUCUCCAUGGGGUCUCCAGAAAGCCCUAUCAAAACAUACAUAUUUGUGUAUAUCAAAAACUUUGAAAGCAUAUUUUGAGAGCACUUAUCUCUGAAGAGAAGGAUUAUGGGUGAUUUUCCCUUUCUACUUUAAAAAUUUAUGUAAUAUUUGAUUUAUUUGACCGUAAGUAUGUUUCUUAUAUAAUAAGGGGCGGGGA